CCCAGGAGCGGCUACCCCCGAGGCUUAGCACCAUGGGCUUCUCUUCGGAGCUGUGCAGCCCCGAGGGCCACGGGGCAGUGCAGCGGCUGCAGGAGGCCGAGCUCCGGCUGUUGGAGGGCAUGCGCAAAUGGAUGGCCCAGCGGGUCAAGAGUGACCGAGAAUACGCGGGACUGCUGCACCACAUGUCCCUGCAGGACGGCGGGGCCCAGGGCCGAGGCCCGGGUUCCAACAGCCCCAUCAGUCAGUCCUGGGCAGAGAUCACCAGCCAGACGGAGGGCCUGAGCCGCUUGCUGAGGCAGCACGCGGAGGAUCUGAACUCUGGGCCCCUGAGCAAGCUGAGCCUGCUGAUCCGGGAGCGGCAGCAGCUUCGAAAAACCUACAGUGAGCUUUGGCAGCAGCUGCAGCAGGAGCUCACCAAGACGCAUAGCCAGGACAUUGAGAAGCUGAAGAGUCAGUACCGAGCCCUGGCCCGGGAUAGCGCCCAGGCCCGGCGCAAGUACCAAGAGGCCAACAAAGACAAGGAUCGUGACAAAGCCAAGGACAAGUAUGUACGCAGCCUGUGGAAGCUCUCAGCCCACCAUAACCGCUAUGUGCUGGGCGUGCGGGCGGCCCAGCUGCAUCACCAGCACCAUCACCAGCUCAUGCUGCCUAGCCUGCUGCAGUCGCUGCAGGACCUGCACCAGGACAUGACGUGUAUCUUGAAAGAGAUCUUGCAGGAGUACCUGGAGAUCAGCAGCCUGGUGCAGGAGGAGGUGGUGGCCAUUCACCAGGAGAUGGCGGCAGCUGCUGCCCGCAUCCAGCCUGAGGCCGAGUACCAGAGCUUCCUGCAACAGUAUGGGUCGGCACCCGAUGUCCCACCCUGCGUCACCUUUGAUGAGUCCUUGCUGGAGGAGGGUGAGCCGCUGGAGCCCGGGGAGCUGCAGCUGAAUGAGCUGACGGUGGAGAGUGUGCAGCACACGAUGACAGCAGUGACGGAUGAGCUAGCCCUGGCCACCGAGACAGUGCUCAGCCGGCAGGAAACAGUUGCUCAGCUGCAGCGAGAGCUCUGGGACGAGGAGCAGAACACCCACCCCCGGGAGCGGGUGCAACUGCUGGGCAAGAAGCAGGCACUGCAAGAGGCCCUUCAGGGGCUGCAGGUCGCGCUGUGCAGUCAGGCCAAGCUGCAGGCCCAGCAGCAGCUUCUGCAGACCAAGCUGGAGCAGCUGGGCCCCGGGGAGCCGCCCCCCGUGCCACUCCUGCAGGAUGACCGCCACUCCACCUCCUCCUCGGAGCAGGAGCGAGAGGGGGGAAGGACGCCCACCCUGGAGAUGCUUAAGAGCCACAUCACGGGAAUCUUCCGCCCCAAGUUCUCGCUCCCCCCACCCCUGCAGCUGGUCCCCGAGGUGCAGAAGCCCCUGUAUGAGCAGCUGUGGUACCACGGGGCCAUCCCGCGGACGGAGGUUGUGGAGCUGCUGGUGCGCUCAGGGGACUUUCUGGUGCGGGAGAGCCAGGGCAAGCAGGAGUACGUGCUGUCCGUGCUGUGGGACGGGCUGCCCCGGCACUUCAUCAUCCAGUCAGCGGAUGUGAGUGGGGCUUCCUCCUCCCACCCCCCACCCCUGCAGUCCCCACAGAGGAUGGAGGCCAUGGCCUCGAUGGGUGUCCUCCUCUGGGAACCAGUAUGGCAGAGCUGAAGGGCGCUGCCUGGGAGAGAUCUGGUAUUGGGCGAGCAGAUUGGCCGGGGAAACUUCGGCGAAGUGUUCAGUGGACGCCUGCGGGCUGACAACACCCUUGUGGCCGUGAAAUCUUGCCGAGAGACGCUUCCCGCUGACCUCAAGGCGAAGUUCCUGCAGGAGGCGAGGAUCCUGAAGCAGUACAGCCACCCCAACAUCGUGCGCCUCAUUGGGGUAUGCACCCAGAAGCAGCCUAUCUACAUCGUCAUGGAGCUGGUGCAGGGGGGCGACUUCCUGACCUUCCUCCGGACAGAGGGUGCCCGUCUGCGGAUGAAGACGCUGCUGCAGAUGGUGGGGGACGCGGCAGCCGGCAUGGAGUAUCUGGAGAGCAAAUGCUGUAUCCACAGGGACCUGGCGGCUCGGAACUGCCUGGUGACAGAGAAGAACGUUCUGAAGAUCAGUGACUUUGGGAUGUCCAGGGAGGAAUCGGAUGGCGUCUACGCAGCCUCAGGGGGCCUCAGACAAGUCCCUGUGAAGUGGACCGCCCCUGAGGCGCUGAACUACGGCCGCUACUCCUCCGAGAGUGACGUGUGGAGUUUUGGCAUCUUACUCUGGGAGACCUUCAGUCUGGGGGCCUCCCCGUACCCCAACCUCAGCAACCAGCAAACUCGGGAGUUUGUGGAAAACGGGGGCCGCCUGCCCUGCCCCGAGCUGUGCCCCGAUGCCGUGCGCAGGCUCAUGGAGCAGUGCUGGGCCUACGAGCCUGGGCAGCGGCCCAGCUUCAGCACCAUCUUCCAGGAGCUGCAGAGCAUCCGGAAGCGCCAUCGGUGAGGGGAGACCCGCCUCAGGCCCGCAGCCUCUGCUGGCAAGACUGUGGCCCCUCACUGGCUCCAGCUUGCCUCACUGGACGGUCGCGAAUUCCUAGGCGCCCGUGCCUGGCAGGCUGUUCAGUGCUGCCAGCAAGGACGUUGCUUCUGUCUGCUCAGCCCCCUGCUCCUGCCAGGGCUUUCCCUCCAAGGCAGAAAUAAUAAAACCACUUGUGCCCA